AUGUGGAACACUUUAUCAGCUGCACUUAGGUCUAAGAAAAAAAUUGUCUUGCCUGUUGCAUCAAGUGGGAUUGCAAGUUUGUUGUUACCAGGUGGCAGAACAGCUCAUUCUAGGUUUAAGAUUUUUGUCCCUACUUUAGAAACUUCUAUUUGCAACAUUAACAAAAAAGAUGAUCUUGCUGAGCUUCUAAAGAUGACAGAUCUUAUAAUAUGGGAUGAAGCUCCGAUGGCUAACAAAUGUUGCUUUGAGUCUCUUGAUAAAUCCUUGAAAGAUAUUAUGAGCGGAAUGCCUAAUGCAUCUCAAAAAAUAUUUGGAGGCAAGGUUGUCGUCUUUGAUGGUGAUUUCAGACAAAUUCUCCCCGUUAUACCAAGAGGUACUAGAUCCGAUAUUAUCCAUGCAACAAUCAAUUCUUCUUAUAUUUUGGGACCACUGUAA